GUUCGCCCGGGUGUGACGGUUGAGUUUGAAGUUUGGCCUGUCCGAUUAGGCUUUGUUGAAGUGAAUCAAAGUAGGUUCAAGGGAAGAAAGUGCAGAAAAAUAUCAUCGCCGCCGUCAAAGACGGCGGUGGAUAUUUUUAGAACUUGACAGGCAGUAGUGUCGUUUUGUUGUGUGCGUGUCAUUCAACGCGGCUUAGCUUGAUCGGGGUGCGCGUGUCUGUCUUGGUUUGCUAAAGUGUGUUUUUGUGUGCCAGUGUGUUUACGGUGAAGAUCCCCGUGGGAGACAACGAAAGAUCGAAAUCAAAACAAACCGUUGAACUCAGCACAUACGUGGGCUCACCUCACGCACCUCCCCUAAGCCACCGGCGCCAUGUUAUCCCACAAGAUCUACAAGCUGCUGUGCUACCUGGCGGCCAUCGCGAACAUCGCACUCGUACUGGAAAUCAUCGUGAACGUGGCCCUUCCGGCGCGCUCUCGAGUAGCCACCGACCUGCUGAUCUCGCCAUGCAUGGCCAACAUCGUGCUGGCGGUGCUGCUCAUCAUGGGCGUGGCCAAGCGGAUGCCGUCCUUUAUUAGGGUGUUCCUGAUCUUUAUGUACGUGCAGAUUGUGUUCCUUCUGCUGGUGGCCGUCUACACGUACCGACUGGUGGUCCACGGAAGGCACGAGCUGAGGAUGGCCGCCCACGGUGCUUGCAUGCUGAUAGCUCUCUUUGGACUGGAAGCGAUGAUCGCCUCUGGUGGACUGAAGGCGGUUCUUUCGGAGUAUACUCCGCUGCAGGAGGGAACGGUCAUGUUCCAGCCACUUGUUUGAGUUUUUUAACAGUGCCAUUUUAUAUAACCAUGCCAAAAAUAUAUGUUUAGAGUGAAAAAUCAUC